AAACACAAGACCACCGACCACGCCUGCCAGAUGUUCUGUAACCCGGCGAGCUUCUCAGGGCUAGUGGAUCAAAAUGGUAACUGGGUGUUCAAUACAUCAAUCGCGGAACAGACGAAUGUUUGGUUUGGGGCAUUCCAGUCGAUUGUCCGGGAGAUGGAGGUUGUACGUUACAACUUUUUCUUGGACGAAAUGGUGAAGCGCCGAAACCGCUGGAUCGUCGAGGAGCUCGCACGCAAGGGUCACGGGCCAUGGCACGUCCCCGCCGAUUGUAUAAUGGGUACGCAAGACAUGUAG